ACUCAAACAAAUGACAGGAGCUGUCUCGACAGCCAUCUUUGUUAUUCUCACUCUCCAGGGAGGCGUAUCAUCGCAAAAAGAAAUCCGGUUUCUUUGUGAUUGAAUAGUUAAGCUGGUGUUGAGAAUCGCCGCGCUAGGUACAGCUGGUUUCUGCGGUUCGGUAGCACCUUUUCCACGAUGUUGUCGGUCGACCGAAUUCCUGACCAAGUCGGUUAUCUCGUCAUGACAGAGGAUGGCGCUGUAGUAUCUUCUGGUGGAGAACUGGAGAAUGGGGAACGGAUUGCUAACGUCGUCGCAGGGCUCAUUUCCUUGUGUGACAAGGUCGAUUCAACAGCAUUCCCUGGAGACAAAGGAUUCAAGAAAAUAACCGUGAACUAUGAAGAUCAUGCAUACGUCAUUUGCCUGUCCAACAAGAAGGUUUACGUUGUGAAGAGGAAGACAAGUCCACAGCCACCUAUGGAAACAGAUCUAUCAUCAAACAUAAGUUGAUGCGCUGUAAACUAAAUCUCAAACAUAUUGAAGGGAUGGACGAACUGAAAUGUAUCUGUGAUUAUGUAUCAUAUAAUAUUUUUGUAUGCCAGUUCAGUUUACAGAAACUUAUUGACAGUAUAUAGAAUUGUUAAUGUUUGCAGGAAUAGUAGAGUUUUAACCUAUAUCCUAUAAAUUUUAAAGUGAUUCCCUUACAAACACUAUAUUCAUCAAAUCAUUUUAUUGUACCAUGAAGGUUUCUUUGUUUUAAGUUUUGUCUUGGUUAAUUUGUAAUUUCUUCCAUUGUACGAAAUAAAUAGUACAAGUUAAAUGAGAAA